AUGCCGACGCCCCCAGAAGCCGCCUUCACCACUGGCAUCCUCCUCCUCCUCGCCCUCGCCCUCUUGGUUUCUGGCGGCCGCAGCCAUGCCACAACGGAGUCGGAGGCCGAGGCGCUGCUAGACUGGAAGGCCAGCCUGGGAUACCCGGAUGCGCUCUCCAGCUGCUGGGCCAAGGUGGCCGGGCUUUGCUCCUGGUUUGGUGUGUCCUGCAACAACACCGGCCGUGUCGAAUCCCUCAGGCUCCGGGGGAUAGGCCUCGCUGGCACGCUCAACAAGCUCGAUACCGCAGCUUUUCCCGCCCUCAUCGUGCUUGACCUCAAUGGUAACAACUUUGUCGGCGCCAUCCCAGCAAGCCUCUCAUGGCUGCGCUCCCUUGCCGUGCUCGACCUCGGCAGCAACGGGUUCAAGGGCCCCAUCCCGCCUCAGCUCCGCGAUCUCUUUGGCCUUGUCGACCUUCGUCUUUACAACAACCUCGUUGGCGACAUCCCGCACCAGCUCAGCAGGCUCCCCGGGAUCGUGCAUUUCGACCUGGGCUCCAACUUUCUCACCAACCCAGACUACCGCAGGUUCUCACCAAUGCCCACCGUCACCUUCAUGUCGCUCUACCUCAACUACCUGACUGGUGGCUUCCCGGAGUUCGUUCUAGGGAGCAGUAACAUCACCUACCUCGGCCUAUCGCAGAACAAUGUCUCCGGGCCGAUACCGGACUCGCUGCCCAAGAAGCUUCCCGACCUCAUGUACCUCAACUUGUCAGUCAAUUCCUUCUCUGGCCGGAUACCAGCAUCGUUGUCGAAGCUAGGGAAACUCCGGGAUCUGCGGGUUGCAACCAACAACCUCAAAGGUGGCGUCCCCGAUUUUCUUGGGUCCAUGCCCCAGUUGAGAGCUCUUGAACUCAGCAACAACCCGCUCGGUGGGACGAUCCCACCUGUUCUUGGCCGGCUCCAAAUGCUGCAACACCUUGGCCUGAACGGCAUAGGCCUGGUUUCCACUAUUCCACCAGAGCUGGGCAACCUUGGCAAUCUCAAUUUUGCGGAGUUGUCGGCGAAUGAGCUCACCGGUAUCUUGCCGCGGGCGUUGGCCGGGAUGCACAAACUAAGAGAGUUUGGCAUAGAGUUUAACAAACUCACCGGUCACAUUCCGGCAGUUUUGUUCACGAGCUGGCCGGAGCUCAUAGCAUUCCAAGCGCAGGGAAACUCGUUCACUGGGAAGAUUCCGCCGGAGCUAGGCAAGGCAACCAAGCUAAAAAUAAUCUAUCUCUACAGCAACAACCUUGCCGGCUCUAUUCCGGUAGAGAUUGGCGAGUUGGUCAGCCUAAGCCAGUUGGACUUGUCCGCCAACUGGCUCACAGGGCCGAUACCCAGCUCGUUCGGCAAUCUCACGCAGCUCACGAGGCUGGCGCUCUUCUUCAACCAGCUCACCGGAACAAUCCCACCGGAGAUCGGCAACAUGACAGCAUUGCAAGUCUUGGAUGUUGACACCAACCAUUUGGAAGGCGAGCUGCCCAACACUAUCACAUCACUCAGGAAUCUCAAGUACCUCAGCCUGUUCGACAACAACUUCGGGGGCAACUUACCCGCUGACCUCGGUAAGGGGCUGAGCUUGACCGACGUGAGCUUCGCGAAGAACAGCUUCUCCGGUGAACUGCCGCAGAGUCUGUGUGAUGGCCUCACGCUAGAGAAUUUCAUGGCGAACCACAACAACUUCAGCGGCUCGCUACCGCCGUGCCUCAAGAACUGCACGUCCCUAUUACGUGUGAGAUUGGACCAGAACCAAUUCACCGGGGACAUCUCAAAGGUGUUUAGUGUCCAUCCCAUUUUGGACUUCUUGGAUGUUUCAGGGAAUCAGCUGACAGGGAAGCUGUCGCAUGAUUGGUCACAGUGCACCAAUCUAACAAUUCUAUCCAUGGACAACAAUCGCCUGUCUGGAAAUAUUCCUGCAGCUUUGUGUGGAUUGACCUCUCUCCAGUUACUGGAUCUAUCAAGUAACCGCUUCACUGGCGAGCUCCCAAGUUGCUGGUGGAAACUACAAGCAGUGGUAUUUAUGGAUGUAUCAACCAAUGGGUUCUGGGGUAAAUUUCCUGUCUCGACAAGCUUGAGUGACUUCCCUCUCCAAUCACUCAAUCUUGCUAACAAUAGCUUCUCUGGGGAUUUCCCAUCUGUCAUUGAAACCUGUUGCUGUAAGCUCAUCACACUAGAUCUUGGGAACAACAUGUUCUUCGGUGUUAUUCCUGCUUGGAUUGGAAAAAGUGUUCCCCUUCUACGAGUUCUGAGCCUCCCAUCCAACAAUUUUAGUGGUGUCAUUCCAUCCGAGAUAUCCCAGCUUUCUAAUCUGCAAUUACUUGACAUGUCAAACAAUAGCUUUACUGGAUUCAUCCCAAGUACAUUCGGCAACUUAUCAUCCAUGAUGGAACAACUCUCGACUUGGACAACAGCAUCUUCUGAAAGGCAUGAUUACCGAGAGAGAGUAAACAUUUUCUGGAAGGGUCGUGUGCAAACUUUUCAGAAAACAAUUGAACUAAUCACAGGCAUCGAUUUAUCAAGCAAUCUGCUCGCAGGCGACAUCCCCAACGAGCUAACAUACCUUCAAGGUCUCCGAUUCUUGAACUUGUCUAGAAAUCAUCUAUCAGGCAAUAUUCCAGCAAGCAUUGGCAGUUUGGAGCUCCUGGAGUUCCUUGACCUCUCAUGGAAUGAACUUUCAGGUGCUAUCCCACCCAGCAUCUCAAAUUUGCAGUUCCUCAGUGUGUUAAAUCUCUCCAACAACCGCUUAACGGGCGCCAUUCCCACGGGGAGUCAGCUACAGACACUUGUAGACCCAUCAAUUUACAGUAACAAUAUGGGGCUUUGUGGCUUCCCGUUGAGCGCACAUUGUCUAGAUGAGGGAACUCAAGACCACACACAACAACUCGGAAGCGAUGUGGGGUUGUGUUACUCUUCUGCUUGA